AUUGCCCAACUCCCACUGUAGACCAACUUCAGAUGGGACGAAUAUCUGGAUUGGGUAAUAAUAACCUGUAUAAAAAAGUGACGAAAUUUGAAAACGUAAACAUGAGUAAUAACUCACUCAGGCAACUUUGUCAUACUUAGUUCUUAUCUAUAUCAUGUAUAUCAUGUUCGUAGCAGACUAUGAAUGAAAAUCAAGGGUAUAAGGCUAAUGCUUCAAGUUUAAGGUAAAUUCAAGGAUUGUGUUUGAUUUUGAAUGUGACCCCAUGUUGGAGCAUCGUCCUGGUGACUUUUUGUAUUAUGGCUGAACUACAAACAGAUUCCAACUGUAUGACUGCUGAGGAACUCAAAACCAAACUUUAUCAUUCCUUCCGACAAAAAGGUCUCGUAGACUCACUCAAGUCUCAGCUCAGAACAAAGCUUGUGAAUGAACUACGCGUCUCUUACAACAGUCAACCAACACCAUCCUCGCCGGAGACAGUCCAAGAUGAUGAGUGUGGUACUUUGAUGCAUCGAGCUGCUAAUAGUCUAGUAGCUGACCAUCUAAGAAGAUGCCAAUAUGAAUAUACUCUGGCUGUAUUUCUACCAGAAAGUGAAACUGGAAAAGAUAAGAUGUUUACCAUUAGGGAGUUAUUAGGAAUGCUGUUCAUUCAUCCAGAUUCACAGCUAUUUAGACGAGUGACAGAAAAUGUACGUGGAUAUCAUCCUAAAGGUCUCCUUUGGCAGCUACUGUGUGAACUGACAUCUCAUCGUGGUAAAUCAUUUGACAAAGCUGUUCAAGUAGACAACUUGCCUGCACAAUCAAAUUCAAUUGAGAAGAAACUGACUGCUGUGGAUGUAUUAUUUGACCAAGAAGUGGAUGGAUAUCAUGAAAGCAGUCAGGGAAUGCAGGCAAAGCUCUUAUCUCUUCAACGAAAAAUGGAACUCCGAACUAAGGAAGAAAUUACAAGGGAGAUCGGUCGGUUUAAGGAAAGUGAGGGCAAGAGAAUUGAGCUGGAAGAACGUGAGAAGUGUAGACAAGAAAUUUACAAGGCCCGAAGAGAGAUGGAGAGUACAUACCAAGCCAAGUUAAAAGCUCUGCAGGAAAGAGAACGAAGCACUAUAGAGAGAAUUCAAUGUCAUCAAGAGAUGGUAGAACGGGAAACUUACUCACAGAGGCAGAGUUUGCUGGAUGAGUUGCAGACGUUGAAGCAGAAAGAAGUGGAAUUGAAAAGAGAAGAUGAGCUGCAUAAAAGAGCUAUGUGCUUAGAAGAGAGCAGAUGGAAAACUACCGAAGAAAACCUGAAGAUUAGAGAAGCGUCUAUAGCAACAAUUGAGGAGACUUAUGAGAAAAGAUUCAAAGAACAGAUCCGACAGCAUGAUGCAGAGCAGCAAGUUAAACUGGCUGAGAGGAUACAAGAUAUUGAGAAGAGAGAAACUAGAAUCAGAGAGGAUCAGAAUCAUCUAGUGCAAGAGAAGGAAUUGCAAAGCAACCUGAAAGAAGAACUUAAAGAAAGGAAAAGCAGGAUUGCUGAGUUAGAGGUUCUGUAUCAGCAGUCUAAAUUCGAAGGUGUAGCUGUGGGAAAACGGAAUGAAUUAUUUGCAGAAAAAUUAAAGGAUAUGAUGGAUUAUCACUCGGUCAAGGAAGACAAUGCUGUUCUGAGACGAGAACUGCAGAAUGAAAAACGGAGAUUGGCAGAAGUUAUCAAUGAACAGAAGAUGGAGCGUACACGUCAUGAGGAAGCGCUAGCAGUCAUUACUGAAAAGAUGUCUCAACCAUCUCCACAAAUCCUUACAUUACAAGCCGAGCUUCAAAGAGCAAAAAGUCAGUUAGAUCAAGAAAGAAACUUACUGCAGCACAAAGAGGCACAGUAUCGCGCCACUCUACAAGAAGAGCAUGAGCGUAAUAAUGAGCUGAGGAGACAGUUGGAAGAACAAGGCAAUCAGAUGAGAGAAAUGAACAACCAGAUAGCAGAUUUGAGACAGACACUAAGACAGACGCAGAUGGCAUUGAGUAAUGAGGUGUAUCGCAAGGGAACUACUGGAGUAGCAGCCGGUUCUAUUAGGUCUCCUGCCUCCAUCGUUGAACAUCCUGUGCAUGACCAUAUAGAACCAGAUAAUCAUUACAUUGAUACAACACUCCACCAAACACAUAUAGAACAACAGCUCCUAUUGGCCGACCAGGGAGGUUUUGGACCAAUCACAGGUCUUGAUAGUGACAACAGUGACCUUUCACCUAAUGCAUCCUUGGCCUUUCUAGAAGAUACCAAGGCAAGAUUUAAACAACUGGAAAUAGAAGCUGAGAGUCUUGAGCAGAACUAUCAGAAUUUCCAGCACCGUGUCACCAAUAUCAAUGCAUUGCCAAUCAGUCCACCGCUUCAUACUCAUCAGUUGAGGCACAUAACACCGGCUGUCAAUAACACUCAUGAUGUAUCCUCUUGGAGUAAGCAAGUUUGCACCGAUAAAGGGCCAGUACAGAAUCAAGCCAUGAAGCCACCCCCAUUAGUGGAUGGAACAACCAGUCAGAUACAUAGUCAGUCUGAAGUACAGAGGACAGAACCACUAUCACCAAGGGGUGUGCAGGAUUCUCCUAGCAGUAAGGGAUCUUCGACACCAUCCGAUAAACUUGUUUGUGUUGAAGACCUUCAUGAGCAAAACAACCUGUCAAAAAAAUCUGUGUCUUCAGUUGGUUCAUUCAAAGGUUCUUCACAGUUAUCACCCCAUGCAUCACCCAAGUCACUGAAGCCUACCCAACCAUCUGCCACCGUGUAUGAUGAUGUACUAGCAUCUUUACUUCCUCCUCCAUCAAGUCCAGUGUUUACUUCUCCGUUAGCGAGCAUCUCAGAUGGUGAAUCAUUGGCAGAGUUACUAUCAAAGGAUGCGGAUGGUGAGAAUGGGCCAGAUGUCAAGGUGAUAAAAUCUCAGGGAGUUACAGAUGAAGAGUUAAGACUCGGGAAGGAAGAUGAUGAAGAAAGGGAGGAACAUGAGUGGGAAGAGAAACGCAAGAAACGAGACGAAGAGAGACAGUUACGAGAACAGGAAGCAAGAGAGAGGGAGCAAGCCAUGUUAUUGGAACUACAGAGACAGGAACAAGGUGCAGAUCCAACCACACAGCAGAAGGCGGUAGAGAAGGAUGACGGAAAGGCUGACUCUGAUCAGAAAGAAAGAGUAGGGCCUCCUGGAGAAUCUGGUCAAGAGCAGAAGACAGAAGAUGAAGGCUUGAAGAUUGAUCCUGUCAUGCAGAGAUACAUGCAGAUGUUACAAGAGAAGAAACAACAAGAUCCUCAGGAUAGAAAGGCAUCUGUAGUCAGUACUUACUCUGAUGCAGCAUUUAACGUGGAACAUGAAAUGGAGGCUGCCGAAGAACCAAACAGCACGAGCCAUGUGUCAAAUGAUUCGGAGGAUCCAUUUGAUGACUGGUAGUAUGUGCUUCAAUGAAUCAUCACAGGUGUGUUGGAACUGUAAUUGUCAUUCUGUCAAAACUAAUGUAACAUAGCUCCCAUUAAAUGUUAGGUCCUUGUUAAUGAGUAGAAAACUACUUCUAUUAUUCAUAAUUUUAAUUAAUCUCAAUUGUAAUUGUUACAUCAGAUAUGUGUUGGUGAUUGUUUUUGUGAGUUGAAUUUGAAGCUGUUAUGAAAAUCCAACUGUUUGUCAUAAAUGGCAUGUCAUUACUGAAGGAUAUCAAAAAAAAUGUUAGUUGUGAAUACUUAAUUUUUGUCUUCUCCACAAACAUAUGUCCGAUUUCUCUGGUAAUUUAAAAUCACCCAAGGCCUUCAUUUUGGUUAAAUACGACCUACCGGCAUGCAAAGUUCCUUGUAUCAACUGAUUUCCUUUUUUUUCCUUUUUGUUUUUACUUCUCUUGUAUGCGACUAAAACUGACAAAAACCCAGAGUGUCUUGUAAAGCUUGGGAUUUUCUCUCAGUUUAUGUGACUUCUCAGUUGUAUGCCUGUAUCUAUGAGAUGAAUAGUCAUCAUGAGCAUAUAUGUCAAAGUACUCAUCUUCCUAGUGACUUGUCUCAGACAGCAUGUCAGUGACUACGAGUUACUUGUUGGUUUUGCCAUCAGUCAGCUAUAAACAUCUGUCAUAAAGAUUCAAUUGUUGGUCCCUUUUUUUCUACGCUGCAUUGACGUUGAUGACAGGACUCCCAUCAUACAGGAAGUUGGCUGUUUGUUGAUGUGUUCUGGGCAAUUUUUCGAGACAACAGGAAAUCAUUUGUGCUCUUUCAAGGUUGCAUGAUUAUUGAGUAUGUAUAAAUGCAUUCCAGUGAUACUUGGCAGUGGCAGUUCUAUCAGGCUGUAAGGAUUAUGCAGAGAAAGCUGAAUAAUGGCUUGACAUUUUUCAUUUUGUUUUCGUACAAUUGCAUGAUUUUAUUUCUACUUCUGUUGCUUUUAAAAUUACUUUAUUUUGUUGUGUCUUACAUGUCUGUUUCUGUCAUUGUAUUGUUAAUAAUAAGUGGAAGUUUUGUAGUGAUACCGUGGACAAAUUAUCACUUUUGAGGGGUAUAGAGGUAAUUUUGAGAACUCGAGAAAAAGUAACACGCUUUCUCACCACUGAAACCGCUGAAAACCUACCACAGUACUGCAAGCUUGAACUCUUACCUUGAAGCUACAAUUCUUUAUCAGAUUAUUAAUAUUUAUCGUUUUCUGUUUCUUGUGCUUUUUAAGUACUUUUACAUUUUCAAUUGUAUCUGUUUCUUUUUAUUGGUGCAUGUUUUAUGCUGUUCAGAUUUAUUUGUAUCAGUUGAUUUCUCUAUUGAUGUUUAUUGCUAUGCAUUUUAUUAAUUAUUGCUUGAAUACAUUAUUUGUUUUCAUUUGGAUAUAUGUUUGCUGUGUUUUGAUUUAAAGUACCACUCAAGAUGCGAACUUUUAAUUCUAUGAACACUUUUUGUCUUUGAUAAUCCACUGAAAAGGUUGUAUAAGACUAGUCAAUUGAAGGUGUUGCUUGGUAUUCCUCCUGGAUGUACAUUUGUAUGCUGUGUAAUCUCAGAAAGAUGAAGAAUCGUCUCGACUUUGGGCUGUAUUUCUGGAUAAUUGACCCACGUGAAUUACUAAAGUUAAAGUGCGUCAUCAUGUCAUAGGUUACGGGAGACAUUGUUGUUUUCCACUCAGGAUCACCUUGUGGAAUUUGUUGUCUGAAGAACCAUUCAUGCAGUUUUGCCUGUGUGAGGUUGAGGUCCAGCAAAUCUUUGAAAUGUCCCGUUAUAAUUACAUGUACUAAGCUUUCUUCGUCGAUUUCCUGGAAAAAAAGAAUUACCGAUCAAUUGUAAUGUAAUAAAGUCUGAAUAAUUAUGAUUUGUGAACACCCAACACAAAAAGUUUAAGGUUUUACAGACAUUUAUUCAUAAACAGCAUAAGAAUAAAUGCAAACUUAUUUGUACAGUAGAAAUUCAACUGAAAACACUGCAUGUUUAGAUUUUAAAUAAAACAUUAUGCUGUAUGUUCUGUACAGUCUAAGAAAGAAAAAUAUAAAAAUUAACGACAUUUUAUUCAGAAAUGAACUUGUUUGUGGGUGACACAUUGCUCUAAAAUAAAAUGUUUUACAAAACAAAAUAAUA